CGGACGUCUGGAUCCGUCCCGGACGCGAUGCAAGGAUUAGGGAAACCCUAUGCUGCAGCUGAAAUCCGUGCGGACGUGAGACUAUUUAACUGAUUUCCGCUGCAUCGCCGUCCUCCGCCACCACCGCUUCCGCCUCUACGCCUCUCCGUUACUGCAACAGAUAUUGGUAUCGGGCAGCAUGUCGGACGAGGAGCACCACUUUGAGUCGAAGGCAGACGCAGGGGCUUCCAAGACUUACCCUCAGCAGGCUGGAACUAUCCGUAAGAAUGGGUAUAUCGUCAUUAAGGGGCGUGCAUGCAAGGUUGUAGAGGUUUCAACCUCCAAAACUGGAAAACAUGGUCAUGCAAAAUGCCACUUCGUUGCCAUUGAUAUUUUCAAUGCUAAGAAGCUUGAAGAUAUUGUGCCAUCAUCUCAUAACUGUGAUGUUCCCCAUGUAACUCGUACUGACUAUCAGCUUAUUGAUAUAUCGGAGGAUGGAUUUGUGAGUCUAUUGACUGAAAAUGGUAGCACAAAGGAUGACCUAAGACUCCCAACUGAUGAAACUCUGCUUGCACAGAUCAAAGAUGGUUUUGCAGAGGGGAAAGACCUGGUGGUCACCGUCAUGUCUGCAAUGGGCGAAGAGCAGAUUUGUGCACUCAAGGAUAUCGGGCCCAAGUAAUUAAUCUGCAUCUCUAUCUAUUCUCCUCUGGCCUUACAGGACCUAACUGGGUCAGCUUAUCAGACUUAUCUCUGGACGAUAACGUGUUAUUUGGGGUGACUCCGUGAUUGUAUGGUUAAAGCAUAAGAACCUUUUCAUAUCAUGUUCCACUAUAUUUUAAAAUCGCUUUGCUGUUUUUUAAUAGUUGUAAACGCUUUAACAUGUUAUAAUUUCACAUUGUUA